GCUAUUUUUAUUGGCACACAUUACACACAUCCGUCCACAUCUCUUGCAUGUACCCUGUUCCAGGGGUAGUACACAGCAGGGCAUACUGUCCAGACACACACUGGUUAUUUAUACCCUUGUGCAGGGGAUAAAGCAACACAGCGGUCCCUCAGCCGGCCCCUACACCUGUUAACAUUGCUUAGCAUUUCCUUAGACUGAAACACCAUCCCUUGAAGGAGAACAACACUAUUAAAACCCGUUAUGAGCAGCUUUAUCAACAUAUUAUGAUACUCCUAUGAAAGCAUUGCUGUCGAUAUAUUCUCAAACCAGUUAAGCAGUUAGAGGAAAGAUUUGAACUGGAGUCUCCUGUCACCAUGUUAUGACGUUAUUUAAAGUACCCGAGGUCAAUAACAGAAAAAGUAGAGAACUGCCCCCCAUGAUCUGCAUCAUUGUCACAUAUUAGUGGCAUUUAACGAUAUUGGUGAAUGAUAUUGAAUGUGACUUUAAGAGCAGCGCUGUAACUCGAGCCUCGUGCAGUGACAGCUGUAUAGGAGCGAGGCAGAGAGAGACAGCUCCACACUGACUUGUCCAAAAUAACGUGUCUAUCUCUUUGUUAGCUACUUUUAAGACAGUCAUUGGUGACAGAUUGCCGACCACGGUGAUGGCGGCACGGUUCGGCAGGACGUGUAUAGUGGCGUUUGCGCUUGUCGCCUGCACUUUAUUACAAGUCAAUGGAAAUGAGGAGUCGCAGCUAAUUGCAGAUAAGUUUAAAAACUACAAAAAAAAUAUUCGACCAGCAAGACACCCGGAAGAAAAAGUGAAGGUUCAAGUCAAGCUUACCCUCACCAAUCUUAUUUCUUUGAAUGAGAAAGAGGAAACUCUUACUACAAAUGUCUGGAUUGAGAUUCAAUGGUCAGAUUAUCGACUUGCGUGGAAUACAUCGGAGUAUCACGGUAUUGACCUGAUCCGUGUGCCAUACAACACUGUCUGGCUGCCAGAUAUAGUAUUAGAAAAUAACAUAGAUGGCAAGUUUGAUGUGGCAUACUAUGCUAAUGUGCUGAUUUCGAAUGAUGGCUCCAUGUACUGGCUUCCCCCUGCCAUCUACCGCAGUACCUGCGCUAUUGAGAUCACCUACUUCCCUUUUGACUGGCAAAACUGCACUCUAGUAUUCAGGUCUCAGACAUACAGUGCCAAUGAAAUUGUUAUGAUAUUGGCAGAAGAUGCAGAAACAGGGAAGCCUAUUGAGUGGGUGGACAUUGACCCUGAGGCCUUCACAGAGAAUGGGGAGUGGGCAAUCAAGCAUCGCCCUGCCCGUAAACUGACAAACCCACGCUAUUCUCCAGAUGAUCUGGAGUACCAGGAAGUGUAUUUCAAUCUCAUCAUUCAGAGGAAACCACUCUUCUACAUCAUCAACAUCAUCUUGCCCUGCUCUCUCAUCUCCUCGCUGGUGGUUCUGGCCUACUUUCUCCCUGCUAAAGCUGGAGGGCAGAAGCUGACCGUGUCCAUUUCGGUACUGUUGGCUCAGACUGUGUUUCUCAUCCUGAUUGGUCAGAAAAUUCCAGAAACUUCACUUUCUGUGCCUCUCAUUGGCAAAUAUUUAAUUUUCGUCAUGUGUACGACCACACUGAUUGUCACCAACUGCAUCAUCGUCCUCAACUUCUCCCUCCGCAGUCCCAGUACACACAAGAUGUCACACACCAUCAAACAUAUUUUUCUUGAGGUGGUCCCUCGUUUUCUCGGCAUGGCCUCAUUUCUGGAAGAGGAAGGGUCAGGAGGUGGGCCGUAUGAAAUGAGAGAGAGGAGACGCAGUUCGUUUGGACUGAUGCAGAGGGCCGAAGAAUACGUACUGAAACAGCCACGCAGUGAGAUGAUGUUUGACAAACAGAGAGAGAGACACGGACUCAUGCGCACAAUCGUGGAUGAAAUUGAUAUAAGCAGUACGGCGAACCUCUACAAGAGUCUGGCUAAAACAGCUCCAGAGAUAAAAGAAUGUGUAGAUGCCUGCAACUUCAUUGCUGAAUCCACAAAGCAGCAGAAUGACAUUGGAUCUGAGAUGGAGAGUUGGGUGCUGAUUGGUAAGGUGAUUGAUAAAGUUUGUUUCUGGGCAGCCAUCCUGCUAUUCUCCGUUGGCACAGUGGCCAUUUUCCUCAUGGGUCACUUUAACCAGGCACCUGAGUACCCCUUUGCUUGGGAGAACAAGAAGUAUGUUCCUGAGUAAAGAUGACUCUGUUCUACAGAUAGAAAGGUGGACUAGAAAGACAAUGCGUGGUCUGCUUACCUGUUGCAUAGGAUCAUUAGCAAGACAGGAGAUUUGCAGUUGGAGAUGCUCAAGAUUUAAACAGACUUGAUAUGGAAUUGUGUCUUAUAUUUGAUAUAAGAUACUUUAGGUUUCUAUGGAUUGUUACCUACAGUAAAAUGUUUGUACUCUCAUCCCAUGUUGUGAAUGCACUUGUUUUUUAAGAAUAAAUAUACACUAGGGGAAUUUGAGAAGUGCUCAUUUUGCCUAAAAACAAUACAUUACAUUUGUGAAAGGUAAAGUAAAUAGUAAACAGUAAAUAUAAUUAAAAAGUGGCUAUCCAGCUCCAUGCAGUGGAAUGCUGCUAACCCAUGUUGCCAUCUCUACAUCUCUUACAGUAUUUAUUACUGUUAACAGUUUUUGUUACGUUAGUUACUUGCUAUAUGAUUUCCUUUACUUAAAGUCCUGUUUUACACACUGUAAAAAAUAUUUGUUGUUUUUUGUGGGUUCAACUUGUUUGCCUUAAAAUUUUGAGUUAAUUCAAUUUAAAAAUAUUUGUUAACUCAAUGAAUUUCUCAUUGAGUUGAUUCAACUCUUUGAGUUGACUAAUAUUUUUACGUUGAACUUUUAAGUUUUAACUUAUUUUCUUAAGUUGAUACUACAAUUGUUUUACACGGAGUGCGGUUUCUAAUAUGUGACCCUGGAUCACAAAACCAGUCUUAAGUAGCACGGGAACAUUUUUAGUAAAAGACAAAAAUAAAUUGUGUGGGUCAAAAUUAUCGAUUUUUCUUUUAUGCCAAAAGUCAUUCGGAUAUUAAGUAAAGAUCAUGGUCCAUGAAGAUAUUUUGUAAAUUUCCAACCUUAAAUAUAUAAAAACUUUAUUUUUGUGAGUGGAUGGUCUGCCACAGUGCCCCUGAUUAACAACUUCAAAGGCAAUUUUCUCAAUAUUUUGAUUUUUUUGCACUCUCAGAUUCCUGAGUUUUAAACGGUUGUAUCUCAGCCAGAUAUUGUCCUAUUUUAACAACUCAUAUAUCUAUAAUUUAUUCAUCUUUCAGAUUAUGUAAAAAUCUCAAUUUCAAAAAAUUGACCCAUAAGACUGGUUUUGUUGUCCAGGGUCACAUAUUUGGAUUACAGGUAAUAGUAUUUUUUAAUACUGUACAUGCAUGUCAGUUUGUGUUUGUUCUUUUGUUGAUUUGUUUAAUUUAACUGCUUUGCGUUUGAUAUUUGCUAUACACUUCUAUUUGCCACACUGCAAUUCACACUGUCUUAAGAUAUGCAGAGCUAACACACAGGAAACAAGAACUACUUACGUCUGUUUGUAAGGACUCAAUUUAAACACGUAUUAAGCAUUAUGUUGUUAUAGUUGGCACCGUAUAUGCACUAAAAACCUUUGAGAUUAAAGUAACUGACAUAAAGACUGGAUUCAUAUUGAGCUCUGCAUGUUACCAAUUGUACCUUAACAUUAAUUUUAACAUUAACAUUAGCCUUUAAUGUGCUAAAACCAAUUUUAUGUGCUGAAAACAAUUGUUCAUGUUAGUCUCUAAAGUAAUCUAACGCUAUUUCAGUGGUACCAAUGAAAGAGGAUGUACAUACUGUAUACAGUGUAUACAAGUAUACACAGCUCAGAGGUGUUUAGGAAGAGGGUAGCAAUUUAUUUUUAGAGUUUUUAGAGUAAACAAAUAGUAUAAGUUGUUGGGUAUUGAAAUACAGUCUGGAUGUAUAAAAUCUGCUUAAAGCCGUAGAUAAUCUAAUGUUUACAAGUUAAAGUGGGUUGCAUUUGUAUAUAGUGCACAGUGUUGCUCUGCUUAUAUGUGAAAGGUACUGUUCAAACAAACUUGGUAAUAUUUUUAUAAACCCAUUGACUACAUUUUCUGUACUGGCCUAUAUCUCAAAGUAUUAAUUCUAUGCAAAUUGCAAAGCUUCCACAUGUUCUCUGAUGUGAAAAUAAGAGGCAGUCUGUAUACAAACUUGAGUGCAUCUGAUCAUUUUGUAACAAUAAGAAGCUGUUGAAGUAAUAAAUGUUGUUGCGUCUCAUGUAUGGGUAGCACGGUAAAAAUUUGGAACUUGUAGCCUUAACUUGCUUGCGAGAGAAAGAGUGAA